CAUGCCGCCUCCCUCCUCGACACGCGUGGUGCCGCUCCCCUCUCCUCAUGUGGUGCUCGGUGAGCAGCCGAUCAUCUGUCUGAAUGAAUCAGUGAGUGUCUGUCCGUCUGUCUGUCAGUGACUGGAGCCAGUGGUGGGAUCGGCAAUGCAGCUGCCGUCGCAUUCGCCGAGAAGGGCGACACAGUGGCCAUACACUACUCAGGUGAGCUGAGGGGUGCCAUCCAGAGGUCUGCCUGCAUUCAUCGAUGCGUUUGUAUUUCCCUUCUUGCAGGCAGUCAGGAAAAGGCUAAGCUGACGCUCGAUGCUGUCGUGAGGGCCGGUGGGAGCGGGGCGAUCUUCCAGGCCGACCUCUCGCGCGUCAGUGAAGUGCGCCGCCUAUAUGACGAGGUCAGAUGGCCUCUCUGCACAGCCGAAUGAGUGAUUGGCGCCAUCACUCCCUCUCCCUCUCCCCCUCCCUCUGUGUGUGUGUAGGUGUUCGCGCGGUUCGGUCGCCUCGACGUCGUGUUUGUACGAGCAUCCCGACACACGACCAUCCCGACACACACCACACCCACACCCAUGCGUUCUCCUUGCAGAACAACUCGGGCACUCUUGGCUUCGGGCCGAUUCAGGACACACCGGAAAAGGUCUAUGACAUGAUGAUGGACGUCAACGUCAAGGGUCAGCAAGCAGCCAGCCCACGCCUGAUAUUGUGAUAUUGAUUGUGAUUGUGUGUGUGUGUAGGUACAUUCUUCUCGAUGCAGGAGGCCAUCGAGCGCAUGGGUCACGGCGGGGUGAUAAUCAACAACAGCUCGGUACUUGGCCAGCACCCGCUGGCCAACCAGGCGUGUUACUGUGCAACCAAGGCGGCCGUCGUAGGCACACAAAUAUGCCAUUUGUCAGGCCGACCACUGCUGCCCUCCGUGUUUGUUUGUGUUUGGCAGAACAUGCUCACGAAGUGCGCCGCGAAGGAGGCGGGAGACAAGGGCAUCAGGGUGAAUGCCGUCGCACCGGUGAGUGAGAAGUGCACACACACCAAGGUGCCGGAUGGUCAGCCUAGUGUGUGUGUGUGUGUGUGUGUGUGUAGGGACCUGUGCUGCCUGGUGAGUGAGAAGCAGACACACACACGGAGGGGGGAGAGAAAGCGGGCGAUGCUCUUUCUGUGUGUGGUGUGUGCAGGCAUGUUCCCUGAAGUCAUGCGCUGCCAGAUGGAGGCCAUAUCGCCGUUCAAGAGGAUCGGCGAGGCGAGAGAGGUCGCAGCCCUCUGUGUGGCCCUCGCCAGCGAAGGCAUGGGCUGGGUGUCGGGGCAGGUCAUCAGUGUCGACGGGGCGGCUUUCUGCUGACUGACUGACUGACUGACUGGCCAUAUCGUCUGUGUGUGGCUUCUUCCUCUGGCAGCGUGUUGGUUCGGGUGAGAGAGAGAGAGUGGUCUGUCUGUCUGUCUGUUUGUCUGUCUGUGUGGUGUUGAUAUGUUUGGUGCACAGCACGCUGCUGCGAGUGGGUGUCUCCCAUUGUAGCUGACAGGGUGGGUGAGUGGCUCAGUCAGCAAUAAUUAAUUAGCUGGAUGGACCUGCCCUCUGCUCUGUGUGGGUAUUUUUCCAUCAAUCAUGAGCUGCAAUAAUGAGUGCACCUGAAUGAAACGACCAGCCAGACACGAACGAGCAUAAUCAUCGGAUUCACUUGUGGCUGGCACACGCG